GGUGGUUUUUGGUGCAUUCAUUCCAAAGCGCGAUGCACUUCUGCCCGACUUGCGGCAAUCUGCUGAUGGUUGAGCCCGAUAGUGAUGGCAUGCGUUUUUGCUGCCAGACAUGCCCUUACAUCUACAAAAUCAACCAAAAGGUUGAGACGAAGGUGCCGUUGCAACGAAAAAAGGUAGACGACGUACUUGGUGGCGAUGAAGCGUGGGAAAAUGUGGAUCAAACCGACACGCGUUGUCCGUUCUGCGAGCACACAAAGGCGUACUUCAUGCAAAUUCAAAUCCGAUCUGCAGACGAACCGUCGACAACAUUUUACAAGUGCACGGGCUGCAAAAAGCAGUGGAACGAUAAGUAAGCUCCAAGAACACACUCAUGUUUUGCAUGUUUCGGAUACAUUGUUGCUGGUGGUUUAACUGUAUUUCAAUUGACGCAUGCGCUAGCGUCGAAUACUUGUGGGACUGCCGGCGCAACGAGCAGUGGGUAGACCUUUCCUAGCCUUCAGUCUUGACGCCUUUUUGGCACACGUAAAUGUAAUGGACGGCGUUAGCGUCAGCGGCGUCGGUAACUUGGACGGCGC